CAAAACUGAUCUGAGUCUCUGUGUCAUCUGUCUGUGUGAGAGUGAACAACCAUCCAAAUGGCUCAUCAGGGAGUUCUGCUAGAUCAGGACCAGUUAUGUUGUUCUGUCUGUCUGGAUCUACUGAAGGAGCCGGUGGUUAUUCCCUGUGGACACAGUUACUGUAGGAGCUGUAUUGAGGGCUGCUGGGAUCAGGAUGUUCUGAAAGUGGUCUAUAGCUGUCCACAGUGCAGAGAGACCUUCACCCCAAGGCCUAAUCUGAGGAAAAAUAACAUGUUGGCUGAGAUGGUGGAGAAACUGAAGAAGACAGGACUCCAGGCUGCUCCCCCUCCUGCUCUGUGCUAUGCUGGACCUGGAGAUGUGGCGUGUGAUUUCUGCAUUGGGACCAGAAAGCAGAAAGCCCUCAUGUCCUGUCUGGCAUGUCUGGCCUCUUACUGUGAGACUCACCUGCAACCUCACUAUGAAUUUCCAGCUUUGAAGAAGCACAAGCUGGUCAAAGCCACCGCACAACUACAGGAGAAGAUCUGCUCUCAACAUGACAAACUGCUGGAGGUUUACUGUCGUACCGAUAAGCAGUGUAUCUGUUAUCAGUGUGUGAUGGAUGAACAUAAAGGCCAUGAUACAGUGUCAGCUGCAGCAGAGAGGACUGAGAAACAGAGGCAGCUGGGGAUGAGUCAGCAGAAGGUCCAGCAGAGAUUCCAGGAGAGAGAGAAGGAGCUGAAGGCGCUCCAACAGGCUGUGGAGUCUCUCAAGCACUUUGCACAGGCAGCAGUGGAGGACAGUGAUUAUAUAUUUACUGAGCUGAUCUGCUCCAUUGAGAGAAGGCGCUCUGAGGUGAAGAAGCUGAUCAGAGCCCAAGAGAAGGCUCAAGUGAGUCAAGCUGAAGGACUCCUGGAGCAACUGAAGCAGGAGAUCGCUGAGCUGAGGAAGAGAAGCACUGAGCUGGAGCAGCUCUCACACACAGAGGAUCACAUCCAUUUCCUGCAGAGUUUUCAGUCUAUCUCCAGUAUCAGUGUAUCUUCAGACUUACCCAGCAUCGUUGUCCAUCCUCUUCAGUACUUUGGAGAUGUGAGUAAGACUGUGUCUGAACUGAGAGAGAAACUAGACAACUUCCUUAAAGGAGAAUGGACCAAGAUCUCCACUACAGAGAAUAUAGUGGAUGUUGUACUGCCUCCAGAGCCCAAGACCAGAGAACAGUUGUUACAAUAUUCCUGUCAGCUCACACUGGACCCAAACACAGCACACACAACCCUCUCUCUGUCUAAAGGGAACAGAAAGGUGACCUGUACAGGCCAAGUCCAACCAUAUCCUGAUCAUCCAGACAGAUUCACCAACCAUUGUCAGGUUCUGAGUAGAGAGGGUCUGUCUGGACGCUGUUACUGGGAGGUGGAGUGGAGUGGUUAUGUUUAUACAGCAGUCUCAUAUAAAGACAUCAGCAGAACACGGAUAGGUAAUAUAUUUGGAUACAAUAACAAGUCCUGGAGUUUACAGUGCUCUAGUGUUGGUGAUUGUUUCAUACACAAUAAUGUUGUGACUAAAGUAACAGGCCCUCAGUCCUCCAGAGUAGGAGUGUACCUGGAUCACAAGGCAGGUACUCUGUCCUUCUUCAGUGUCUCUGACACAAUGACCCUACUCCACAGAGUCCGGACCACAUUCACUCAGCCCCUCUAUCCUGGAAUUUGGCUCUAUACUUAUAAUGAUACUGCUGAGCUGGUUAAACUGUAGUAGGGUCCACGUAGGUACUAGUCAUGCUGGUGUAGUCUAUAGCUGAGCUGGUUAAACUGUAGUUGGGUCCACAUAGAUACUAGUCAUGCUGGUGGUGAUGGCCCCCAGAUAUAAUGGUCUGUUUAUCUGUACAAUAAUUUGUCUGACUGUAUAGUUGAAUUAAAAUGUAAUUUACUUAUUUUUUUAUUAAAUACAAUGUUUUAAUUUUGUACAUUUCCAUGAAUCAUGAUGUAUGGUGUUGAUGUAUAUUGUUUGUCAUUCAGAACCAUUGAUAUGUUUUCUCAAUUGGUUCUCUGUCUCUUUGUAAUUCUCCUCAGUAGCAUUGAACAGGUACUAUCACUUACUAACUAACUAAACUAUAUGGAAUGGACACAGAUUAAUCCUAGUCCUGGACUAAAAAGUAUGUUCAAUGUAGAUGUCCUGGAAACUGGCCCUAAAUUUGUCAUCUUUCAUCCUCCCAUACUGCUUAGUCAAGCAAUAUUAAACCUGUCCAGCAGGUGGUGGUAUUGACCAAACAAUAAAACCAGCAGCUAUCUUGACUUGCCUCUCAGUGUAUCAGUAAUGUUCAGAAUAGUACUUUAAUAUCAUUGGAGAUUGAUGGUCUUUUUAAUCCACUAUCCAGAGUCAGGAACAGAUGAAGUUGGGUCUGCUACUGUUCAGUGAUUAAAUAUGACUUAUGGUGAUGGGAAAUAAAAAAUACAACACUAAA